AUGCAGAUCACAAAGUUGGUCCAACAAAUGCUCCAGUUCACGGGGAUGGGAGGGCCGAUGGGUGUUUACGACGAGUAUGAUACCGGAGUAUGCGGAGACGGGGGCACAAACUGUGUCGCGAGAGACAAUGAGGGCUACUACGGGCUGAAAGGAGUCGAUCCUUCUCUCAUUGGCGACGACGGUUCGGUUGCUUGUCCUCCAGCCUUUGAUUGCAACGGAGUAGCUCCUCAGUUCUGGCAUCCAAACAACUACAUCUGAGGAGUGCAUUGUAACAACAGUAUCUGGUGGAGCAUCGAAGGAUGACAUGGGCGCGGCAUUUGGGUUCAACAUGUAGUUUUUGUCAUAGAAAAACAGAGCAAAGGCCUUGAAGGGGUCGAGCUGUGAUUACCAUCGCAGAGCACAAACUGAGCAAGACAAUGAAAAUGUGUAGGAAAUG